GAGAAAAACUCCAGUGUUGUGCUACAGCAGAGGAUAUAAAAGCCUUCAAUCCGACACCAGGUCACUAUUUCAUUACAACCCGGCACUGAAGCUGCGCUGAAGGCAGGAAGAGAAGACAAGUAUGGCAACUGUGUUGGAUCCACAAGCACUGAUGUGGAAAAUCUUUUCUGUCCUUGUGCUGCUGGUGUUUUUACACCACAGUCGUACAGAUGCCUUCAACCUGAAGGAAACGCUGGCAGAUUGUCUGAAUGAUACAGACUACGCCAAGCUGCUGCAGACCGCGAAGGACGGCCUUCCACAUGUUCACAAACCUCAUCGCGUCAUCAUUGUUGGAGCUGGAAUGGCUGGACUGACCGCUGCUAAGUUAUUGCAAGAUGCAGGACAUGAGGUAACCAUAGUGGAGGCUAGUGGUCGUGUUGGAGGCCGUGUGGAGACCUACAGGAAUAAAACAGCGGGCUGGUACGCAGAACUGGGAGCAAUGAGGAUCCCAAGUUAUCAUUACAUCGUCCGCUGGUUCAUCAAAGAACUGGGGCUGAAGCUGAAUCGUUUCAUCAUGGACGACAUGAACACCUUCUAUCUGGUUCAUGGGCUGCGGAAGAAGACGUACGCGGUGAAGGCGAACCCUGACAUCCUGAAUUACAAGCUGCCUGAAAGGGAGAAGGGGAAGUCUGCAGAUGAGCUGCUGCAACAGGCUCUGCAGAGGGUGAUAGAUGAGGUCGAAGCUCAUGGCUGCAAAGCUAUGCUAAAGAAAUACGACCACUUUUCUGUGAAGGAAUAUCUGAGAAGUGAAGGUGGUCUGAGUGCAGAGGCUGUGAGGAUGAUCGGGGAUUUGCUCAACGAGCAGAGCCUCAUGCACUUGGCUCUGACUGAGCUUCUAUAUGUCGAAAGCGACGUCAGCGACAGCACAUCGUACGAUGAAAUAACCGGAGGGACGGACCUUCUUGCUAAAGCUUUUCUGUCUGUUCUGGAUGUCCCAAUUCUCCUUAAAUCCAAAGUGAAAUACAUCAACCAUUCAGAUAAGGGUGUAACUGUGUGGUACGAGAAAGAUCACGAUUGCUCUUUGAAGCGCCUCGAUGCUGACGUUGUCCUGGUAACGACCACAGCUAAAGCAGCCCUCUUCAUAGACUUUGAUCCUCCUCUGUCCUUCAGAAAGAUGGAGGCCAUGCGGGGGGUGCACUAUGAAAGCUCCACCAAAAUCAUCCUCACCUUCAGUGAGAAAUUCUGGGCGAAAGAUGGCAUCCGAGGAGGAAAGAGCAUCACAGACGGACCCUCUCGUUACAUUUACUACCCCAGCCACAGUUUCCCUGGAAAUGACACCAUCGGCGUCCUUCUGGCUUCCUACACCUGGUCCGACGACUCCCUCCUCUUUCAAGGUGCAAGCGACGAAGACCUGAAAGAGCUGGCUUUGAGAGAUUUAGUGCAGAUCCACGGUGAGGUCAUCAGGUCAAAGUGCACUGGUGUGGUGGUGAAAAGGUGGAGCAUAGAUCCGUACAGUUUAGGGGCCUUUGCUUUGUUCACACCUUACCAGCAUUUAGAGUACUCAGCAGAGCUCUUCAGGCCUGAAGGCAGGGUGCACUUUGCUGGUGAACACACAGCUUUUCCUCAUGCUUGGAUCGAGACAUCUAUGAAAUCUGCUAUUAGGGCAGCUACGAAUAUUAACCAACAUGCACUAUGGGAAAAGACCAGAGCUCAUCACCACCCUGAGCUCUAAGGACAUCUACAACAUAGCACUGAACUGUGUUUUUGUUUACAAGAAAAGGAAGGGAUGUUGCCUUUUGUUAGGUGGUUGCAUUCAUUCUGGCGUCGCUAAGGGAUACUUUGAUUAUAAAGGGAUGUUUAAAAUUCCAAAGUUAACCUUUUAAUGCAUGUUGAAAGUCAAUUUGGACUUAAAAUGUUGGAACGUUUUGUAAAUGCAACAUGAGAUGAACACGUGAUAUUUUACACCAUAUCAUUUUAUUUAUUUAAAAAUUAGCUUAACCAGUAGCAGAUGCGGAGAGACUAUACAACCACAUCUACCCAAUGAUUCAGCAGAAGCAUCUUUAGCAAUGAACGCUUAUUUUCAAUCUUGCUUCAGUUCAUUGAGGUUUGUAGCAUCGGUUUCUACAACUCUCUGAUUUUAAACAGGGUGAGGUCUGGACUUGGAUGACACCGUCAACACCUUCCUUCUGUCUGAUCCUGUCACAUGAAACAGUUUCAGCCAAGCUUUAGCUGUCACACGUAUGAUACUUUGGAAUCCAGAGGAAUCUAUGGUAAAUUCAAUGACUGCAAGGUGUCCAGGUCCUGUGAGCGCAGAACUAGGCCAGAUCAUCAGUCUUCCACCACCAUGCUAGACAUAUGGUAUGGUGUUUGAGCUGAUACGCUGAGUUUGGUUUUAUCCUAACAUGUCGCUGUGUUUUCUAACCAAACAUUUUCACUUUGGUUUCAAUUGUUCAGAACACAUUUCUCCAGAGGUCCUGAGGUUUUUUUAGAUGCAGCUUUGCUUAGCUACGCUGUCAUGUUCUUUAUAGAGAGAAGAUAUUUUCUCCUGCAACCCCUCCAAACAGGCCAUACUUGUUGAGUCUUUUUCUAAUUGUACUGUUGUGGUUUUAACAUUUAGCAUGCUAAUGGAGGCCAGGAGAGUCUGAGAUGUAGCUUAUUUUUUUUAUUAAUUAAUUUUUUCUGAGCAUUAAAUAGUCUGACUUUGGGCUAAACUUACUGGGACAUCCACUCCUGGGAAAAUUGGCAGCUGCCUUGAAUGUUUUGCACUUCUGGAUAAUGUCUGUCAUUGUAGGGUGAAGAGGUCUAGAUCUUUUUGCAGGGAUCUCCCUGAACGACCUCUCAGCCCUGUAUCAAACCAGAGCACAAAACAAAGCUCGUUCAGGCCUUGCAGAUCAAAGCCACCUCUUGGCUUGUGAGUUUUUGCUGCUUCCAUCAGGGUGCAGGUACAUCCCACCAAGAUGAAGGACUAACAGACACAAAUAUUCUUUUGUCCCUGCAGCUACUGCCCUGUUGAAUAAGUAGCUCUACUUGAAUACUAGCUCUAUUAACAAUGAUUUUCUUGAUACACAAGGAUACUUGAUACAGGAGUGCAAUUCAUUUUAAGUAUUUUAAGUAAUAAUUUAAGUAAAUAUAUUUCCACUCUGACAAUGUCUGGUUCUCUUGUAUUGUUUUAUUAUUGUUUUUCGAGAAUACAACAGUGAACUAUUAUGAAUAAAUAUAUUUAUAAAUAAUAAAAUUGUUAAA